AUGGAUUCCAUGAACCAUGAUCGUGGGCGCCCUACUAACCCAAAGGCAAGACCAAAAGCGUAUGGAGAAGUCAACAUCCUCAGCAAUGUUCCUGGUGUUGAACUGCUAGAAGAGGAUGAUGGCAAUGAGGAUGGUGAAUCAGGUGAUGAUGGUGAUGAAGCUUCAUUAAGCGGCACUGAUGAUGAUCUUGAUCACGCUGAGAUGGUUGCUUCCAGUGAUGAUGAAGACAACGAAAUAGCUAACAGUGACAGUGGAAGUGAAGAGGAUUAUGUAGUAGCUGAAGAUGUAGAUAGUGAUGGUAGUAUAGAUGACAACGACAGUGAUGUCAGUGGGGAUGCGGAUGAGGAUGACGAAGAGGAAGAUAGUGGAACUGGAAUUGGCCAAAGAGAACAUGGAGCACACUUCAUUGGACUCAACAGAUGGUUUUCUUUCUAA